UUUCGUUCAUCUCGUAAUCUCUCUCUCUCUUUCUCUUCUCUCUAAAAAUUUCCUCUCUCCAUUGAUUCAACCAGUCGCAAAAUGGAGGCUGCAGCAACUCUCCGUUCAAUUCACGUUUCUGGGGCAACUAUUGCGCAUGCUCAGUCAUUUUGUGACACAUCAGAUGCGGUUAAGAUAUUCAGGGUUGUUUCGUGCAGAUCCUCAUUUAGUCAUCGACAUAGAGUUUUUCCUUCACCAGUGAAUAGAAAAGUACCACUUGUCCCAUAUAUCAAGGCUUCCAAGACUGUAUUGGCUGUAGCAUCUGAUUCGGUUACUUCAGAAAGCAGCUCAGAUGGGAAACUGGAAAAGAAAAGUCUCCACAAGACAACCUUUCCCGAUGGAUUUGAGGCAUGGGUCUCGGAUAUCUGUGAUGAGACAGAAGUUGCAGAACUGAAGCUAAAGGUUGGAGACUUUGAAAUGCACCUGAGGCGGAACAUUGGAAAUACAAAAGCUCCUGCUCCUUCCCCUAUUGUGUCACCUUCAACUCCUCCACCUGUUCCAACAAAACCCAUGGUUGAAUCGGCUCCUGCGACUGCUCCAUCUGUCACACAAAAAGCCCCUCCAGUUGCUUCCAGUCCAUUCUCUAAUGUUUCCGCGAAAGCGUCAAAGUUAGCGAGUCUAGACAGUGAUGGAGCAAAUGCAUAUGUUAUAGUGGCUUCUCCAACUGUUGGGAAAUUCCGAACUGGAAGAACUGUGAAAGGAAAGAGGCAACCUCCAGUUGCUAAGGAGGGAGAUGUCAUCAAAGAAGAUCAAAUCAUCGGAUACUUGGAUCAGUUCGGCAGUGAGCUACCUGUCAAAUCGGAUGUGGCAGGAGAAGUUCUUAAGAUUUUGUUCAGGGACGGCGAAGCUGUUGGUUAUGGGGAUCCUCUCAUUGCUGUCUUGCCUUCCUUUCAUGGGAUAAAGUGAUUUUAAUUUUGUCCAUUCAUUGUCCUUGGUAGCUCAAGUUUGAGGUUUUGUGGAUUUUCCUUAUUUGUUCAACCAUUUGAGCAUUCAAAAUGCACAACUUAACGUUUUACACGAAGAGAGCGAAUAAUAUGAUGGAGGGGAGCUUGAUUUAAUUGUUGAAUUCAGGAGGUCCUCCAAAUUCAUGUAGAUUGAAGCUGGGCUCUUGGUAGCGUUCAUUUUUGUCUAAGCAAGAAAAGGGUAGGGUGCGUUUCUUGUCUUAUGAGAAACCAGAUAUGUAUGUUUAUGCAUUUUCCUGGAUAUCGAGUAAAAAUUUCCCUUAUA